AUGAAGAAUGUCACCGCCAACCACAGAGUCAAUGAUGUCAUCGCAACCGAGGACGGGCAUCAGACCCUGGUUGGUCGUUUCAUGUACGGACCGCUGGAUAUGGUGACCCUCACUGGGGAAAAGGUCGAUGUGUACGUGAUGACCCAGCCACAGUCAGGUCGCUGGGAGCACUUAGACACCGAGAUGACCAACAGCAGUGGCAGAGUGACCUACACCAUCCCCAAAAGCAAAAAACUGGCUGUGGGGGUCUACCCCAUCAAAAUGGUUGUCAAGGGUGACCAGACAAGCGCAGAGGCCUUCCUGACGGUCUUGCCUCGGGGGAUGGAGUGUGUCGUCUUUAGCAUUGACGGUUCAUUUGCCGCUAGCGUCUCCAUUAUGGGCAGCGACCCUAAAGUACGGCCCGGCGCUGUGGAUGUGGUCAGACACUGGCAGGACCUGGGCUACCUGAUCAUUUACAUCACUGGCCGUCCAGACAUGCAGAAGCAGAGGGUUGUGUCCUGGCUCUCUCAGCACAACUUCCCCCAGGGGAUGAUCUUUUUCUCUGAGGGGUUGGUGCACGACCCUCUUCGCCAGAAAACCAUCUUCCUCAGGAACUUGGUGCAAGAAUGUCACAUUAAAAUCAACUGUGCCUAUGGCUCCAUGAAGGACAUUUCCGUCUACAGCAUGCUGGGCCUCAACCCCAACCAGAUAUAUAUAGUGGGACGGCCCUCCAAGAAGUACCAGAAUCAAUGCCAGUUCCUGAGUGAGGGCUAUGCAGUACAUCUCUCCUCCCUGCAGUUCAGUCGCAGAGCCCGGCCCAAGAAGAGCUCUUCUGUGCGAAUGGUUCUUCGAAAGGGCUCAUUUGGUCUAUCAGCCAAACCAGACUUCCUGUGUAAGCGGACACACCUUCGCCGCACCAUGUCGGUGCAACAGCCUGAGCCACCCAUGACACCCAACCCUAAACCAGAGCGAGCUCAGAGCCAGCCCGAGUCGGACAAGGACCACGGGGGUGGAGGGGGUCCAGGCAAUGCCAUGUGGGCACGGGGGUCCAUGCACCGUGGCGACACCACUCCCUGACCCAAGAGAAACAUAGGAGGGAUGGAAAAAGGACAGAUGGGAAUGAUCUCUCGGUGGACAGAGCCCAGCAUCUUUACUCCUUCUGCUGAUAUCACAACAUAAAAUAAGACUAAUCCCACCUGAGCUGAUAAAAACUCCUUAGUGGAGUGCCCUCCGCAUGGAUUUGACACAACGACGCACAAACUCUGAGUCCUGGUGCUUUGUUUCGGCAACAGGAGCAAAGGAGAAUUCAGUUUCUAAAUUCAGUUUCAUCCAUGAUUUGAAGAUGUACGUCGGGAGCUUCUGGAUUUAUUUAGCAUCGUACAAAGGAUUCCUCGCUUCACCCAUCAGGAACAAAGAGGAUAUCUGAUAAGAUCCUCAGAGAAAACAUCAAAUUUCCUCACGCCUAAGCAAUACAGAGGAAGAGGGAGGGUGAGUAUCCUGCUGCUCGGACAGGUGGCUGUGCUGACUCCUACAAUAAUCCCUCUGUUUUAAUAUUGCAGGCAUUUGCCUGCUCUCUGGGCGACUGUCUGUGGCCCACUUGUGGCCAGACGGACUUGCAAACUGUACAUUAACCUUUUGUGCCAGUGUGGCGACCUGGCCUGAACUCUUGUCGCCCCUGUCUCUGUUCAGCCGCUCAGCCAGAACAGAGUCUGACAGCGAUGGCCACUGCUCCUGAACUCCGCCCACUCCUCCGCUGGGUCACGCCACAACUCGCAGCUCUCUGCUACACUGCAGAAGCAUAUUUACAACUAUCGUUGGUUCUUCUUGUGCCUGUCUCUCACUUGUGGCAAUAGCUGACUGCAGCAGUGCUCGCACUGCAAUAAAGCAUUUUCUUAAUUAGUGUUUUUGUCUCUUUUUCCAGUGCAAAUAUUUAAACAUUCUUAAAACAAGAUAAAUUUACUUGAAGCAUAAGAAUUAUUUUCAGACAGUAUAUCUUUGGACUAAAUAA